CCGCUCCUGCGCAUGCGCGACCCGGAAGCAGUACCAGGGUCCGGAUAUUAGAUUCUCCCACAAUCCUCUGCGCCCUUCCUUUCCGACCUGAUCCCGGGCAGGAUGGCUCCCGCAAAGAAGGGUGGAGAGAAAAAGAAGGGACGCUCUGCCAUCAAUGAGGUGGUGACCAGAGAGUAUACCAUCAACAUUCACAAGAGGAUUCAUGGAGUAGGCUUCAAAAAGCGAGCCCCUCGGGCUCUAAAGGAAAUCCGAAAAUUUGCCAUGAAAGAAAUGGGAACUCCAGAUGUACGCAUUGACACCAGACUCAACAAAGCUGUUUGGGCCAAAGGGAUAAGGAAUGUUCCAUACCGCAUCAGAGUGCGUUUGUCUAGGAAACGCAAUGAGGAUGAAGAUUCACCAAACAAGCUGUAUACGCUGGUUACUUAUGUACCUGUCACCACUUUCAAAAGUUUACAGACAGUCAAUGUGGAUGAAAACUAAAUUGAACUUCUUUAAAUAAAGUUAUAAAAUCUCA